AUGAAGUCCGUCGUUUCAGAUCACCCCGGAACAACUCGUAACGCUAAGCAUGGCCAAUUCUUCAUAAAAGGAAAGAGAAUCUCACUGAUAGAUACAGGAGGCAUUGAUUCACUCGUAUACCCAUUCGCCAAUCGCAUACAGAAAACAAAUGGGAGUCAUUCACUGUCGAGGAUUGAAGAUGAUGCUGUUAGAGCCAUCAAAAUGUCGGACAUGGUUCUGCUUGUUCUCGAUGGCCAAGAGGGCCUAACUCCCCUAGACACAAAGAUAGCAAGGAAAUUGCGUCUAUGGUCGAAGGACACACCGAGAGGUUUUAAGAUAAAUUUGGUAGUUAACAAACUAGAUAGAGAAGGUUCAAAGGAUUAUUAUGAAGCCUUAAGCACGUGUUUGUCGGACUGUUACUCUCUGGAGAUGGGAGAACCCGUAUUCGUUAGUGCAGUUGAACGUACAGGCAUCAAGAGUCUCCUGGACCUUAUAUCUGAAGCUUUAAACAUAAGGGACGCUAACCGAAACCUUAACUUGGAAGAUAUGGCACUUAUGGCGAACCACCACAUCGACAAUGAGCGCAGUGCGUAUAACGGCGUAGGUGACAUGUCUAUGACCGACGCCGACAUCGAUAGAUCCAUGCGAGUUUUCUCUCCCGUGUCAAGCUCAUUUAAACCGCAUGAAAGAUGGAUGCGGCUAUUAAACAGCGUGUGUGAUAAUGUACCAUUCACUAUUGCAGACGAAGGUGAUUUUGUAGUACCGCCUGUAUUGUCCCCGGGUGAAAAGAUUGCACAGAUGUACAUUUCAAAAUCGGCAAACAAUCGAAUGUUCGUUGACCAAUCAGAAGGCGACACAACUGUUGAAAAUAGCUAUAAUGAUAUAGAAUCAACGCAACCAAAAAUAGAAGAAACAUCAAGCACCAUGCUACCGCUGCGUGUAGUAUUGUUGGGGAGUGUUGCAAGCUGCCAAGACACACUGGCUAGGCUUUUAGCGGAUUCGAAAAUCAACAGUACAAACGUACCUGAAUUUAUCGGUGACACCUUGUCGCCAAAUUGGCAUCAGUACUAUGUUGAAUGGGGCCGUGACAAUUGUAAAUUGCCGAUCACUCAGCCUGUAGAACUCUAUUCCGCUGCGGCGUUGAACUUGGGAGGUAGCCUGGGGAGAGUUGCAUCGAUGCAAACACUCGCUCUGGUGCGCAAGGCGGACAUCAUUAUCAUGUGUGUUCAGAACACUGAUGAAAGACAUGCGUGGAAAGUGCACCUUACUAAAAAGGAAUGCGCAUGGGUAUCCCGUAUCAUCCGAUCUCACAAACCAAUGGUAUUAGUGGUUCCAGCGCAACAGCCUCCGAAACGUAAAAUGGAACUGGAUUUAUCUAGUACGGGCCAUGAGUUUGAUGGCAUCCCUAUAUUGUCCCUUCCUAUGAUUAAUGCAGGUUUAGAUAACACAACUGAACUUACUACACCGGAUGUGCAACACACGGCGUUGCGACGUCUCAGAAACGAGGUCUUGGCAUUGGCAAGGAGAUCUAGACAGGUAAUAGAAACGAGCGUUUUGAACAAUUGGCUGCGAAAGUUCUUGGCGAAGUGGCCGCCCCCAUGGCAUGACGGCGCAAAGGUCAACGUUAAAUUCGCCGCUCAAGUGAGAGGGAAUCCACCAACAUUUAUCAUGUGGUCAAACGUGUAUGGCGUAUUUCCUCAACAUUAUAUGAGGCAGAUCAAACGUGCUAUAUCGGACGAAUUUGGAUUCAAAGGUGUCCCACUUAAGUUCAUACUACGAACCACGGCGGAGCCGAAAUCCACUGGUCGCAGGCACAACCUGUCGUGGAAACGGAAGCUACACAGUGAUUAA